AUGCAGAUUAAAAGGAAUAGGCCAAAAAUAGGUGUUCCUAAGUCAACCAUUCUGAAUACUCCAUAAUCUACAAAUCAGACGUUGCCAAGCAAUAAAUUGAUUGGAUAAAAGACAAUACAUGAACCAUUCAUAGAUUAGAGCCAGAGUAUAAAUUUACAUAAAUAACAAAAAGAAAUGAGGCAAACUUUCAAAUUAUCUCCUGUUUAAUAAUUGUUAAUUAUAUCCCCUUUCAAUUUGGAUUCCACUUUCCGAUAAAAAUCACACAUUUAAAAGACUGAAGGUAGUGCAUCUGAACCACUUCUUAAAAUCAAUAUGAAAAAUCUUGAAAUCCCUAAAGAUAGACUCCUCUUUGCAACAGAAACCAAACAUAUUUCUAAAUCUCUCGUCGACCUAGAUGAUCAAUACGAUUACAUUAAAACCUUUAGAGCAAUACCUCUGUAAACGAUAAAGGAAAUCUAUGAUACUGACCGCAAAGAGAUAGAAAGGUUAUCUUCAGCAGAGAGACAUAUCCCCAUUGAUUCAAGGUUAGCUCCAAUCAGACCAUAGUUAUAAUACCCAAAUAUUCCAGAAUUUCGUAAAUAUUUUAAAGAAAAUGAAAGAUAUUAAGAAUUGCAGCAAUUUUAUUAAAUUGAUCCAAAUAUUUAUUAAAAAAUGACUGAAAAAAUUAAAUAAGAGAAAUUAAUGCCAAGAGAAAUGAAACUAUUUACUAACAAUAAUAAUGACAAACUGAUAGCAAAUAAUUUGUUAGGAUCAGACAUGUAUGUAGAUUUGUUCUCUGAAGGAUUAUCAUCAUCUCAUUUUAGUAAUUUAAAAUCCCUUUAAACUGAAAAACAAUAAGUUAAACAAUAAUAGAAUAACUAUGAUUGCAAAGAAUUUACCAAUAAUAAUGCUAUUGGUAACGGUGGAAUUGCUAGCAUUUGUGAUUUCUUAAACUCUAAAAAUUGCUAUCUACAAAUAUUGAAUUUAGAAGAUAAUAAAUUGCGAGAUGGACCUAUAAUGACUAUUCUUAAGACUCUUUAAUAGAGUAAAACAAUUAAAGUCAUUAAAUUCUCAAAAAAUUACAUUACUGAUAUUAGUAUGGAUUAAUUUGGAAAUCUAUUGAAAACAAGUAAUUCAUUGUAAGAAGUAUACUUGCAUUAUAAUUAAAUACGAAAUCAAGGAGGAACUGUAUUCUUUAGGGCUUUUCUGAAGAAUUAAUAUAUGAAAGUGCUUGAUUUCUCUUUUAAUAAGUUAGGAUAGCACAAGGAAUGUGUUUAGAUGAUAUCUGAUGUUUUAGGUAAACCACAUUCAGAAUUAUCUCAUCUUGACUUAUCGUAUAAUAAUUUCAAUAAUGAAGAUUCAAAAAUAUUCCAUUAAGCUAUAAUGUUUAAUUAAAUAAUAUACGGAUUUCAUUUUGAAGGCAAUGGAGAUUAUUGCACUAAUACAAGGGGUUUUUUAGUAAAUCAGAAGGAGAUAGAUUAGGAAUAUGAUGCUUUGGUUUCAAAAUAAUCAAUCAGACUGUCCACACAACAAUUUGUAGAUUAAAGUUUGAGUAGAAUAGAUUUGAAGAAUAAAAUGAAUAAGUUGGAUUAACAUUUUCAAUUAGCAGAUCCAUCCUUAUUCAAAAGAAUCUAAAGCACAGAUUAUAAUAAUAAUAAAUCUAAAGAUAAUUGCUGGUUGUGUGAGGGUUGGACAGAAAUCAGAUUUUAAUAUGUGGUUGGUAAAUCAGGGAAUAUAAGUGAUUAUCCAAUCUAUUUACAUUUAGACUUUGAAAAUUAUAGACCUAUGAUUAUGGAAUAGGAUUAAUAAAUCUUUUUUUUAUUAAGAAUGUGUCCACCAAAUAGAAAAAUUAGAUACUUUUUUAGUAAUCCUUUUUUGGAUAUUUAAUUUACGGCUAAAGAUCAACGCAUAACAGCAUUAGACGAUUUUGAGCCAAUCAAAGUUCAAGGAAUUCCUAUGAUCUAUGCUGAUACUUCUGUUGUAUAUAGUUAAAAAAUUUCAAUUGUAAAUUAUUUGUCAGCAACAAUCAAUAAGAAAGUUCUUGACUCCUAAAAACAUUAUAUUCCAACUGUGCUAUCUAGACCUAGAGAAUAAGAGAAAAUAGUUUAUAUAGAUCCUAAUAAAGAAAAAGAGAAAUCAUGGUCAAUUGAGAAUUCAAUCUUUCGAGAUUUCUAAGCAGAUACAGAAGGUCAUCUUUUAGAUUGCUUCGAUUUUGAUUUCGAAUGUGGAAGACUCUAAAAACAUAUUCCUGAUCCUGAAGAUCUGGAAGUAUUAAAAACAAAGGUGAAAGUAUUCUACAAAAAUAUUUUGGCUUGUUAUAAGUAUUAUUGUGCUGAAACUUUGAAUUAUGAAACACCUUGUUUAAACCAAUAAAGCUUUAUUGAUUUCAUAUCCCAAACAAACAUACUUUCGAAGUCAAUAUUAAACAAUAUUGAUUUAUAAUUAACUUAUCUAUCGAGUUAUGUGGUAUAGAAAUCAGCAGAAUUUAUUCAUGUUUUAGAUAAAUGUUUAGUUAGAUAUCAAUUUCUUGAAAUCAUUAUUCGUUUGGCAAAAGAACAAUACUUGAGAGCAAAUCUAUGUAACAAUAUAACUGAUGCUUUGGAUAUGUUGUUUAAGUAGGACAAAGUGUUAGAUCUAAUCCAGGAAUUCGGAGUUCCCUAAGAUUGGCGAGAUACCAGAUAUUGGACUUAGUUGAUGGAUUCAACUAUUAAAAUGAAGAUAUAAUUCAUAUAGUUAAUGUAUGAUUAUGUAUCAAAGAUAACAUUCAAACAUAAUAAAUAUGUUACUUUGACAGAUUUCAAGUUGUUUAUUGAAUAACUGGAUUUAGGAAGGUAUGUUUCUGAGAAAGAACGUUACUUAAUAUAUCUGCAAAGCAUGCAAACGUAAAGAGAUGAAUUGAGAGAGUCAAACCAUAUUCAAAUGCAAUUUAUAGAAUUUGUAGAGGCUAUAGCAAGAUUAGCAGAGAAGAUAUCCCCAAUCUCACCUAUGUAUGCUGUUCGUAAUCCAACUGUUAAUAAAAUAACGAGGAAAUCGUUGCCAUUAUUUGUUAAAUUUGAGGGACUUCUCUACAUUAUAUUUUAAAAAAUAAAAUAGGGAAUUACAACUAAAACAAACGAUUAAUAAAUUUAGGAUCUAGAAAAAAAUGUUAUAUCUAAAACUAUAUUAAAGACUGUUCAAGCAAAGAAACUGGGAGUAUUCGAGGAGGAUAGAAGUUCAGACGAAGAAAGGGAGAAGGAGUCGAAAAAUGUACCAUUAUUACCAGAUGAGAAAGAUUAACAAGAGGUGAAGGAGAAGAAGGUCGCUGGAAGUGGUUGGAGCAAAUUAAGGAAUUGGGCAAAUAAAAAAAAGUUGCAGAGACAGGGGAAUCCAGAAUAGAUUAAUAUGUUAAAACAAUUAUAAACUUAUUAAGAUGAAGAAGAAAGAUAUGUGUAAGUGGAAUAUGAAUAAGCAUCAAUUUAUGAGAAAAUGGAAAUCAAACAAAGAUAAAAAAUGAAACAAGAGUUUCAAAGAACUAAAUUAAAUUAAGAUCCUACAUUCAAAUUUGAAGAGGACGAUGAAAUUAAACGAUUCUGA